GCGUCGGCGAUUGUGAUUUGCAAUUUUUGUAAUUUGGAAAAAAAAACAUUCAAUUUGGGAUAACUCCGGAAUAAACGAAAAGAAAAUGUCUAACACACAGGCGACCGUCACCGCUUACUUGGCCUUACAGAAGAAGACCACAAACAAAGAUCUCGCUGCCGAGUGGACCCUCAUAGAGGAGCUGUACAAUGAAAAGUUGUGGAACGAGCUGACCAUCAAGCUGGUGACAUUCGUGCGCCAUGAGUCGCUGCAAGACGAGUCGGCGCUGCUGCAGCUCUACCAGAGCUUCCUUUCCACCUUUGAAACAAAAAUAAACCCAUAUGGUCUGAUCCAAAUUCUGGAAGUAGUCGUGGACAACAUUAGCGACAAAACAGAGGCAAUCGAAUUCCUCGAAAAAAUUAAGGACAAAGUCAAGAUAUGCGAUGAGGCUGUGUGGUACCUGCAGGUCAUGCAGGGCAACCUCUAUCUUACAAAUCUCAACGAUCUGAACUCCACCAAGAAGAUCAUCGAGGAGUUGCGCGAUGUCCUGGAGGAGGCCGGCAAUGUGACGCCCGUUCACGGCAAAUACUACAUGCUCGCCUCGCAGUACUAUCGCCGUGUGGGCAAGCACAGCGACUACUACCGGUGCGGACUGCAGUUCCUGGGCUGCUCGCUGGACGACUACCCACGCGACCAAUGGGCACAGCAGGCGUUCUUCCUGGGACUAGCUGCCCUGCUCGGCGAUGGCGUCUAUAACAUUGGCGAGCUGCUGGCGCAUCCCAUUCUGGAGUCGCUGCAGGGCACCGACAACGUGUGGCUGGUGGAUCUGCUUAAGGCGUUUAACACAGGCGAUAUUAACAAAUUCAAUGACAUGAAGAAGAUCUGGUCAAAGAUUCCCGAUCUGGCUGCCCAGGAGGUCAAGCUGCGCCAGAAGAUAUCUCUGCUCUGCCUUAUGGAGAUGACAUUCAAACGCUCGGCCAUCCAGCGCGCCAUUUCCUUUACGGACAUCGCCCAUGAGACCAAACUGCCGGCCAAGGAAGUGGAGCUGUUGAUCAUGAAAGCCCUGGCCCUGGAUCUGGUGCGCGGCGAAAUCGAUCAGGUGGCUGGCGUCGUGAACAUGUCGUGGGUGCAACCGCGCGUCCUUGAUCGCAGCCAGAUUGUGGGCAUGGCCAGCACCCUGGACUCCUGGAUGGGAUCGAUCACGAGCAUGGAGAAGCUAAUGGAGAAUCGUGCAGCUGAAAUUCUCACCAAUUAGGCUUAAGUUUGCAUUAGAGUUUCGCUCGAUAUUGAUUUCCAUUUGCGUAAAUGCCUUUGUAUUUAACUAAAUCACAUCUAAAGUCA